AUGGACGAGAGUGAUUCUGAAAUUAAAAUGUCGAGUGACGGCCAAAAUGAACCAGAAAAAACGAAAAUAUCUGCCAAAGGAGAACCAAUAAAAGAAUUUUCGCUUGAUUUGGAUGAGGAUGGCAUAUGGAGAACAGGUCCCUAUUCGAACAAAUUUUCAGUUAAAACGAUGAAAGAUAUCAUUGAAAACUGUGUGACAUCGUCAAAUCUCACCGAUUUUCGUUUGCCAGUGUUUUCGGAACCGUCAGUGAAAUUCGCAAAAUUUCGAAACGAAGAUCAUAAACUUUGUGAUGGACUGUCUUGGUGGAAAACAACGAAUGGUAGAAAAAUCCGUCCGAGACCCAGAAAGAUCGAAUACGAUGGAUGCUCUUACAGAUAUUACAAUUGCAUCAAUCCUAAUGAUGAUGCUUUCAAAAAAUUUGAGAUUUAUCCGGAGAAGGAAGAGUUCGUUUUCGUAGUAUACGUGUCUCAAAAUGGUCGAAUGGACUACGAUGUUCUGAAAUCAUCAAAACCUAACAGACUAACUGAAGCAGAGUGUCAAUUGAUUCAUCGGUCCCUGAAAGGAAGAACUGUGAAAGGAGCUUUCGAAGAUCUAAAAUCAGGAGCCCUUAAUUUCAGUACCCGCCAAAUCAGAAACCAGAUGAAGUAUCAGCCGGAUUGUGUGAAGUCGAAGAGGGGCCGCGUGAGCGUGACAACACCAGAAUCACUCGCAUCUUUUGGAACAGAAAAUGGCUUCCGUCUAUUUUCUAGUGAUAACCAGUUUGGAGCGAUUUAUCUCGAUUCGGACACACUGAAUCUUUAUAUGAAUAGUCUACCGACAAAACAAACUGUACUGGAAUAUAGAAAGCUUUUAACUGGAUGCGAAGAUUGGACUUCAGAAGAAGUCAAUGAUUUUUUAUCUUGUUACAGUCCGACAGCAAAUAGUGGGAUUAUUAAGCAUAUGGCUGGACAGUUACAGAUUGAUAGCACUUUUGAUUUGUCAGAUUGUGUUGUGACAACAAUCUCUGGAGAUAUAGGAGACUUCACAUCGCGCUGCAGCGGAAAAAUUCGCCAUGUUCUUUUAGGAUUCAUGAUUUCCUCGUCGAAAAAUGCACUAAAUCACAAGAGUUUUGCUCGCGAAAUUGACGAUUUCUUCCUGCAAGUUGAUCCUAUGCGAAAAAAAUCAAUUCCAUCACUGAUGACAGACGGCGAAGAAUCUUUUAAAUAUUACAGCAAGAUGAAAUAUUUGGAAGACACUCAAGUUCUCAGGUGUCUAGUACAUCGUCGAAACAACUUGACAUUCAUUCAAAGUAAAAAGAAUAUAAGCCAGUCAGAUUUGAACAAAAUUUUCGGAAGACAGAUUGGAGAUGAAGUUGAAAAUGGAAUUUUCAAUGUAAUGAGUUCAGAAGCGAUGGAAGCGGAGAUUGUCAAGUGUAAUUUUGCGCCGGCUCUAAAGAAGUGGUUGCUCGAUAGAAAAGAAGAUCUCUUUUCAACCCAUUCUCUCCGAUCUCGUCUGAUGGCUGGGCUGCUUCUAAACUAUGCAUCUACGAAUCGAAUUGAGAACCUUAAUUCACGAAUCAAAAUUGCGAUUCCACGAAAACUAAAUGGACGCACUUGCUUGGAUAAGCUGUUGGAAUUUAUCGAGGAUGAGAAAAAGGAAUUUUGCAAGUCGAUUUUGACUGAAAAGAGCGAGCUGAUCCGAUACGCGAAUUUCAAAAAAACCGGAAUUUUGUCAGCACAAAGUCAAGUUAAAGCUUUGCAAAAACAUGGAUUUCGUACUUUUUCGUUAUCUCAUGUGUUUGAAAUGCCGAAAACCGUAUGGAGAAGUGUGCCGAAACAGAUGAAAAUUGGAGAAGUCUUCAAUAAGAACGUAAUCUACCAUAAAUCCGGUCAGUAUCUUGUGGAGAAAGAUGACAAAUCGUUUUUUGUUGUGAAAACGACCGAAACAAAUAUCGAAUGCAAGGAUCCCAAGUGUGCUUCAAAACCUGCUAUCACUUGCUCACAUGUCUUCGCUGUACUCAGUACACUGCCAACGAAAAAAUGCCAAGAAGUUCUGAAUAUUCGCGAAAAGUUCUUGAUUUCACUGUCGAGGAGUUUGCAAAUCAAAUCAAUCAACGACGGAAAAGACGCAAAAAGAUACCCGAACCGGAAGUACUCUAAAAGGUCACAUAAUAACGGCGGGAGAACUGUAUCCGAAUUCAAGAAGGUCAAUAGAAAUGUCUCUGGCGAGUCUGAAAGCGGUGAUGAUGAAAGGAAAGCAGAUGGGAAUAUUUCUAGUGAUGAGGAAAAUGACAGUGAUUGUGAUGUGAAUAGCUUGAAUUCUAAACCCAAUGUCUUCGAUGAGUCGGGAGAUAUCGUCGAGGAUGAAAUUAAUUGUAAUUCCAAUGAUGAACAUGUCAAUCUAGUCCUUGACCCUUCUGUGGAUCACUUGAACUCUCAUGAUUCUUGCAUGGAUCUUUCUGAUGAUCCAAGAAAGUAUGACAGCGAUUCUGAUGAGGAGAAUGAUAUUUUCGGAUAUCAGAAUGUCAAUCCAGUGCCGAAGCCAUCAAAUCGUGUCUCGAAUGAUCAUAAACUACAAAAAAUGUUCAGUCCCUGUCGGGAAUCCCGACCAUCAAGUAACAAGAGAGCAAUAAGAUGGCCAGCCACAGCAGAAGAAAGGAUGGAUGACUUAACAAUAAUGGAAAUGUGCAAUCAGCGCCCCAUGAAUCAGUGCAAGGAAAUAGCAGGAGGAUUAAGGAGGAAGGAGAGGAAGCAGAAGAAAGAAUGA